AUGUCUGGAGCGGCUGAUAGAGCCCGUACUGGGCUAUCGACACCGCGGGGGUCGCCCCCAACAAGCAUUGCUGCGAGGACGAGGAUUCUGCUUCAACGGGAGCUGAAUCGUGUGACCAGCGAGCAGAACCAGAUUCACAAUAUGCACGUGGAAUAUUUACGACUACGGGCGAUGCAGGAAACGUAUGAGGCUCAACGCGAAGAAUUACGCCAGACCAAGCUCGAGCUUGAUCGUCUCCGGAAAAGAUGCGAAUUUGGAUCGCCGUCGCCACAGACCGAACAGCAGACGACGCAGCCGCAGUCAGUAUCCAAAGAUGUGGUUCAGCGUCAGGUCAUAAGGCCUCGGCUGAACAGGGCCACUUGGAGUUUGUUCAAGAUGGAGAUGAUGGAAAAGAAAGAGAUCUCGGUUAUUGACGUGCUCGAUGGGAGUCGACAGCAAGCACCCGGGUUACAGGUUAACGCUCGCGAGCCCGCCGCUAAUAGUGCAGUUACAACAAAGCACGUCGUCCCCGGACAGGCCCCGCUUCCGGAACGAAUCCGCAUCAACCCGAAGCACAUUGCAAGCAUGCUGAGACAGAUACUAGAAGACAAAGGCCCGCCUGAUCAGAUUGAAGCGUUUAAGGAGGCCCCAUUUGUCAUGAUCAGACCGUACAAGGCGCUCGUCUCCUAUUCCGACAGCAUUCAGGCGAAGCCCCAGGCUCUCGAAGCAAGGUUCGAAAACGGAGCUGCUGGUCCCCGACAUUUUGAUGCUGAGACGUACGACGAAGACGAAUGGGACGAACUGACAUACUCUCAGACGGCCUACGAGCACCUAAGGUGCCUCGUGUGCUUCAUGGAUACAGAAAUUGAGCAAAAGCUGGCAUAUCUCAACAGCCACCAGUGCCAAAUGGUGACCUUCGCGGACACAUGGCAUCUCUUCAAACCGGGGGAUCUGGUGCUUGAUCAAGCCCGGCGACAGACCUACCGGAUCUACAGCAUCUACAGUACCUCCCACAAACAUCCCUCGCCAUAUCGCAAGUCACGGCUUAUUGGCGUGAAUAGGUUCGAGGGAGCAAAGGCGGCCACUGCCCUUGAGGUCUUCCCACUUCGCUUCGCCGAGCUUGAAUACCGCGGGCGGCUCAUCGCUCGGGGCAGACUAUUCGUCGAUAUGACGACCUACAAGCACAUGCACUACAGUGGCUUUACGCUGGACAUGCGGGAAGACGUGGACAUCGAUGUCGUGGUCGACUUUGAAGAGGCAUUCUCGCACUCUUACAAAGUCCAUGCGCCCGAGGAGAACUGGAGGCCCCAAUUGGAGAUCCUGAUUGAGGACCCUCCCGAGUUCACCUCAAACGAUGACUCAAUCGCUUGCGAGGCGGAAGAGGAAACAAACCUGGCGGAUGAGGACCUCAUAAUCAUGUCGUAUCUCGUCUUCGGCUUCAUUACACGAAAUCGAAAGUGGGCCAAACUCGACCUCAAGUCUCUAGGUUAUCCGCGAGGCUCCGCGAGAAAAGGAGAUAGGACGCUGAGCCCUGUGCCUACAGAGUGUAAAUCUCAGACUGCCUUCGAUCAGUUGGUCCUUCCGAAAGGCCACAGAGAGAUGGUUCAGUCACUUAUUGCACAGCACUUUCGGGACAAGGAGCUCGCGAGCAAGGAGGAUAUGGCCAUGCAGGACGUGGACAUCGUGCGCGGUAAAGGAAAAGGACUGAUCCUUCUGCUGCACGGAGCGCCUGGGGUUGGUAAAACCACGACAGCUGGCGACUUGGGUACGACCGCAUCAGAGGUCGAGAAGGCCUUGGAAACAAACUUUGCUCUGGCCAACAGAUGGGAGUGCAUCCUCUUGCUUGACGGGGCGGAUGUGUUCCUUGUCGCCCGUUCCAAGGAGGAUUUCAAUCGCAACGAGUCUUUGUUCCUUCGCGUGCUCGAAUACUAUGCGGGUGUUUUGUUCCUGACGACCAACCGAAUUGGCGACUUCGAUGAGGCGUUUACGUCCCGGAUUCACAUUAGCCUGUACUAUCCUCACCUCGAUCUCACGUCUACUGAGGCCAUCUUCGGGCUGAACCUGCGUCUCAUUCGCGACUGCUUCAGCAAGAGCGGGCGCCCGAUCGAGAUAGAAGAGGACAGGAUUAUCGACUUUGUCCGUCAUUACUUCGAGACCCACAAAAAUGAGAAAUGGAAUGGUCGACAGAUCCGUAACGCCUGCCAGACGGCGCUAGCUCUGGCCGAAUAUCGCGCCCAGAGGUCGAACUACGAGCGCGUCACGGACACCACGGCCGUAGUCCGCUUGGAAGUGGAUAACCUCAGAAUGGUGUCUAAUUCCUAUCUCCAGUUUAUGAAAUAUCUCAAUGAAGUGCGCGGCAAGGGUGUCGAAAGGUGGGCCAAGCAGAUGUCCAUCCGCGCCCGCGAGAUGGAUGUAGUACUCAGUAACAAUGAUGAGGAGAGCGGCGAGAACAAGGGAAAGCCGGAAGCCGACAGCAAGGAAAAAGCUGCUGUGCCCGACCGGCAGCAAGCCACCCUUGCGGUGUCCGAGCAAUACUCUAGGUUGCCGACACCACUCGGUGUGGUACAACAACAUCUCGUCCCUCCAGGGAGCGCUGCUCAAGGUUCUGCACCGACAUCACCGGGGUAUGGCCCGACGUGGGCUCCGCCGCCGGUCCAGCCGGCAUAUUACCCCUAUUACACGAACCAAAGCUACCAGCCGCCCGUCGGCAGCGGGAGUUUAGCGGCACAACAUGAUGCCUAUGCCGCCUGGUCUAGAGCACAACAGGCUGUUCAACAGGCUCCGCCGGUAGGCCAAGGCCCGGCGUUGUACGGAGCACCGCCUCCCGCCUAGCGAAGGCACUUCGCAGUGAAAAAAUGCAUUGCUAUACCAACCGGGUGCUCCGUGGGUUGAGUUGACCUUGGUCACUAAGUCUCGCGCUGGCGGAGGCAGGGGAGGAUGUUCCACUUAGUCCGCGAUAGGGAGUAGGUUUGCUGGUGUUUCUUACAUUCGUUGGAUGAGUCAAUGGGCCAAGAAUUGCGUCCUUGCUAAGCCUGAGGCGGCUUUGCACAGCGGAUAGAAGUCGAAAGGCAGAGCCUUCCUUACACGGCCUCACACGGAUGGGCUCCGUCAUGACGGCCGCGUUUAGGCGGGCCGCCCCGAAGGGUCCCCCGACUUUGUGUCGAAUCUCCACUAGCGUUGCG